CGCUUUAAAAAUAGAUGAUUGGAGUGGGACUUGUAUUCAUAAUCAAUGAGUGCUUCAGCUUAUAUAUGUCAAGGAAAGUGUUUGGCUGCCACAAUCUCACAGUGUUGGAAUUAUGUUUUUCUUCGGUGGAGUUCCUGCACGCCUGACUGGCUCAUCCAUGUCUGUGGGGGCCUCCUUUGUGCACUGCUGAGCAGGGAGGGGCCCUUCCCAAACUGUUCUCAUAGGUUAUGGUUUUAUCCACCUGUUAAAGUGAUUGGAACACCUUGACGAGUGGGCAUAUCCCAUUGGCAAUAUAGUAUAUAUCUUUAGCAAUAAUGUUUUUGUGCUUUGAUCCUGUUUCAAGGGUUAUGUUUGCUGCAGUCAGUUUUAAAAAGCGGACCUAGAUAAAUCCAGGAAAAAUCUCAAAUGUUCUGAUAACCUGUUGUCUGACAUGACAUGUAAAAAAGAUUUUAGUUUUACGAAAUAUAUUUAUUUUGCAUUAUUUUACAGUUCUCUCAGAAUGUGUUUAAUGACACUCGUACGUCUUUUAUCAACAGGAAGUGAUCCGUGAAAAGGUUUUGAACAUUUUGCUAUAAAUAAUGUUUAAAAUCAGGUUAACAAACUUUUUGAGACUGCGUGUGAUAGGUCGAACACAUUUCACUAAGUGGGGCUUUAUUUUGUUCGCAGAAAUCUAUAAAACCUAAAAAUGCGCCUUUCCUGUUGUGUCCGUGAACGCAGCAGCAGCAGAACAGAGAAAGGCGGUCAGAGACGCAGGCUGUUCUCGCCGCUGACGUCCCUCCCUGUCCCCGCCCUCUUUCUGUUGUCCCCGUGCGUCUCUGGAGGUGGAGAUCCCGUUUUCUGACGUCCGCAAUCGUUUUUGAAGAAAACAUAUGUUGUGUUUCCUCUGAGGGGAGGACGUCUGCGAGCUACGGGGACUUUUCGGUCACCGGCGGAGCGGGUGAAAAGAUCCAUGGGCGGACUGGAAUGAGGAAAAAAGGGACGGGGUGGCUGCUAGCCCGCUGCUGCCUUUGAUACAACCGCAGUUCGUUCGUCAUUGAUUUUUUAUUCUGUAUUUCUUUUCCACUUCUUCUGUGUUUUUGCCGCUGCUCGGUAAUGCUGUCUCUGGCGGUUUCUAGUUCUUCGCGGAAGGUUUUUUUUUUGUUUUUUUUUUACUUCGAUCACUCCAAAGAUGUCCCACUAGCUAACUAUCAAGAGUACACAAACCUCCGUUUUUCCUGAUCUCUCAGAAAACCCCGCUUCUCCAAAUAACCUUCAUCGCUUUCCUCAGCGGGUUCUGGUCUUCUUCACCCGAACCUGGUGCAGCUCAUCCGCCUUUCGAGCCCUCCGCCCGGCCGGCUUCUCUCAGGAAUGAGGCGGUAGCAUCAGAGAGGGGUUUGGGUGAAAGUGGAGAGGUGGGGGCCCGACCCGGACUGGUGUUCUCCGUGAAGGAGGUGGGAGACAAACGGUGGAUGUGUCGGUGAUGCUGCCUUCACGGACCGUAACGAUGAGGAGGACAGACUGACCAACGUCGUGCCGGUGGGAGUGAGAGACAGGCCUAUUCGCCUUUAGUUUUUUUUUUUAAUUUAGUGGGACCCAAACGGACUUUAAGUGUCGGACGGCGACGCGCACUCAGGAACCACCAUGUCUUUACGUACGGCCCUGCCUGGUAACGAACGCAACCCGGAUCAUCACGCCUCCCUGUCGGCCAGCCGCUCAGAGAAAGGUACCGGUUGGUCGAGCCGCACGCUUGGCGCCCGGUGUCGGAACUCCAUCGCCUUUUGCUCCGACGAGCAGCCGCACAUCGGGAACUAUCGGCUCCUCAAAACCAUCGGAAAAGGCAACUUCGCCAAAGUCAAGCUGGCCCGGCACAUCCUGACCGGCAAGGAGGUUGCAAUAAAAAUCAUCGAUAAAACUCAACUGAAUCCAACCAGCCUACAAAAGCUGUUUCGAGAGGUCCGCAUCAUGAAGACUCUGAACCAUCCAAACAUCGUCCAGCUGUUUGAGGUGAUCGAGACGGAGAAGACCCUUUACCUGGUCAUGGAGUACGCCAGCGGAGGUGAAGUGUUUGACUACCUCGUGGCUCACGGCAGAAUGAAGGAGAAAGAAGCCAGAGCCAAGUUCCGACAGAUCGUCUCAGCCGUUUACUACUGUCACCAGAAGAACAUCGUUCACAGAGACUUGAAGGCGGAGAACUUGCUAUUAGACGCCGACUCCAACAUCAAAAUAGCUGACUUUGGAUUCAGCAAUGAAUUCACCGAAGGCAGUAAGCUGGACACCUUCUGCGGCUCGCCGCCUUACGCAGCUCCAGAGCUCUUCCAGGGGAAGAAGUACGACGGUCCAGAGGUGGACAUCUGGAGUCUGGGCGUCAUCCUGUACACGCUGGUCAGCGGCUCGCUGCCCUUUGACGGGCAGAACCUGAAGGAGCUGCGGGAGCGGGUCCUGAGGGGGAAAUACCGCGUGCCGUUUUACAUGUCCACGGACUGUGAGGGGAUCCUGCGCCGCUUCCUGGUCCUCAACCCCGCCAAGCGCUGCUCGCUGGAGCAAAUAAUGAAAGAUAAGUGGAUAAACGUCGGCUAUGAGAGUGACGAGUUAAAGCCGCACACCGAGCCUGCAGAGGACUUCACGGAUACGAGCCGCAUCGAUGUGAUGGUGGGGAUGGGAUUUGGCAGGGAUGAGAUCCGAGACUCGUUGGUCAGUCAUAAGUACAAUGAGAUCACUGCCACAUACCUGCUGCUGGGACGCAAAAAUGAGGCGGAGGGUUCAGAGUCUCGCUCAGCCAGCAGCCUGAGUCUGGCUCGGGUCCGGCCCGGCACCAUUUCCAACGGGACAAGCAAGCACUCCACGUCCUCCACGUCCUCCGGUGCGGCCUCAUCGGCGCACAAGCCGCAGCGCAGCGCCUCAACGUACCAUCGCCAGAGACGGCACUCUGACUUCUGUGGUCCUGCUGCUCCGGGGUCAGUGCUCCCCAAGCGAAGCCCCAGCGGCGCCAGCGAGGCGGUGGCGCAUAAAGAAGAGCGGCUGUCCAUACGUAAGCCGAGCACCACCACCGUGGGCUCCCGCAGCAUCCCCACGCCCUCCAGUCCCAUGGUCAGCUCCGCACACAACCCAAAUAAGGCCGAAAUCCCCGACCGGCGCAAGGAGGCCAUCCCAACCACGAAUAACAUCCCUGCCAGUGCCAUGACCCGAAGAAACACGUAUGUGUGUACGGACCGGUCCAACACAGACAGAACGCUGCAAAACGGCAAAGAAAACAGCACGCUGUCCCACCGCCUGCCCCCUGCCUCCCCCUCCAGCCACAGCAUCGCAGGCGCCUCCGGCGUCUCCUCCUCCUCCUCCACACCUUCGUCCCGCCUCACCAGAGGAUCCACGGUCAGGAGCACCUUCCACGGAGGGCAGAUCAGAGACCGCCGCCCCGCCUCCCACGCGCCCCCGGCGUCCCCCACGCUGUCCCACGACUCCAGCCCGCUGCCCCACAGCAGAACCCGGGCCACCACCAACCUCCUGAGCAAGCUCACCUCCAAGCUGACCCGCAGGGUCACAGACGAACCUGAGAGAAUCAGCAGAUCUCCGGUCACAAGUCGCCAUCUACCUGGGCAUCAGAAAGCGGCCGAGCCCCGGACCCCCCGAUGCGGCUGGGAUGUGAGGGUGCGGAGCGUCCGCGACCCGGCCGAGGUGGUGCUGGCGUUGCGCGAGGCGGCGCAGGGCUGCGGCUGCCAGGUCCACCUGGCCGGGCCUUUCCUCCUGUCCUGCACGCACGGAGCGGCCGGCGCCCGCGUGGCCUUCGAGGCCGAGGUCUGCCAGCUGCCCGGCGGCCAGGGCCACUGCAGCGGCGUGAGGUUCAGGCGCCUGUGGGGGGCACCGUUAGCCUUUAGGGACAUCGCCACCAAAGUGUCCAAGGAGCUGGAGCUCUGAGGGCAGCCGGGGGUGGGGUAGACAGACAGCAGACAGGAAAGAGGUGAAGGAAGAGCAGGAAGUGCUCCCUCUUCUCCUUCCCUGUGCUCCACCUCUCCUGAUAUGGCUAUCGAUGCCUCACCUCCACCAAAAAACACCUCCUGCCUCUUAAUCCUCCGGUCACUGCCCGACAAACCGAAGCGCACACGCAGACAUGCUGCCGAGAUGACCUAAGGUGACCUGUGACCCCCGCUUUGCACUUGCCACCCCCUCCUGAAAGGAGCCCACAGAGCCGGACCGCUGUCCUUAGAACGAUGAGGAGCGACUCGUUGUUUUCCCUGUUGUACUUUACGUUAGUCAUCAUUCCUUUUUUUUAAAGCUGCUAUUUAAGGUUUUUAUUUUUUGUGUUUACGUUUGGUUUCUUUAGUGCUUUUAAAAUGAACGGACUUUCGCGACUGUUGGUGCAGAUGCCACAUCCGGCCACUAGAGGGAGACAUGCAGAAAUGCAGGCAACUUAGUGCCGGACUCAGAAGGAGCAUCAAGCCAAAUUUGUAAAAACGGAGAAUCUGGUACUUGGAAGCCAUCCAAUGUGUCGGUAGCUGGAAGGUGAGCCGCUCACAGACCGGAAGAGCUGCAGAGAACCUCAGAGCUGGUCCACAUCUUCUCCGAGACAUGAUGUCAGCUGACUGGAAGGGGUUGAACGUGACGCCAAGGUGGAGGUCCUUGCUGUUAGCUGCUCAACUCCCACAUGUUCUAUCAAAUAGGUAUGAAGCCGCAGAAAGGCUGUCUUGUGCGCCUGUUUUCUAAAUUCACCAUUUUAAUAUUGGCUAAAACAAACUGCCUACUUUAUACCCAUCAUCUUCAUGAAGGCCAUUGUUUUCAAGUUACAUGAACUUUUCUCCAGAUCUACUUGUUGUAAAAAGAUAUUUCUCUAAAAUCUGCCCCCAGCUAAGAUCUUAUUAAAAAAAAUUGUAAAUUAUCACCACGGUAACCUCCAAACUUUAGGUUAAAAAAAAUCCAAAAUAACAAAUUUACCCACAAAUCAUUGACUCGGCUUGAAAAGUCAUAUUUCUCGUAAUGUUUGCAUCGCUUAGAAUGUUUCCAUGCAGAGAUGGAGCCCUUAGGCUGAAGUAAAGACCUUCUAACUUUUGUUUUGAAAGGCACGAAACCACAAACAUUUAAAAACGGUUCCACCCUAAAUCCAUCCAGAAGUCUGUGUUGUUGUUUUUUUAUACUAACAACGCAGGUGAGAAAAGCAGCGGAGAUGAGACAGUAGUGCCGAUGAAAACCCCUCAAAGAUGAGGGGAAAAAAUGUAGUGGUUGUUAUGGACACAGGACCUUCACAGAGGCUGCCAUUCUGAAUCAAAACGGGACUGCAAACAUUUUUGUAUUGAGAAUAUGAUGCCAAACUGGUUUUAACCGUGGUUUGCACUGCAUGCGGCCUGCAGGGGGCGCUGGAGGCGGCAGCCACUCCAUGCUUUAAGGAUUGUUUUGGUGAUUUGCAACAGUAGUUCUUCUCCAUCACCACAGGAAGCCAUCGUGCUCGCUUGCAGCACUUCUGGUGCAACACAUCCACCAAGCCAAGAAUCCCCAGUUGACCUGAUAAUAGGGCUCCUUGUGUGGGUUUCUCUUUUUAUUUUGAUAACGUUCUUUUCAAAAAUAAUAGCUCAGCACUUUUUUAUGUGUUUGUAAUUUGAAUUUUUUUUUUAAAAUAUUGACCACUCUAAAUGCCUUCUUUGCUUGGCUGAAGCAGCUUCUUGGUGAAACCAGCUGUGAUCACAAAGAAAAAUCUUUUCACAAAGAUUCUCUUUUUAAUAGAUAACCCCCCCAGUUUCCUCCUGUUGACCAAGUUAAUAUCUGUUGACCAGGUUGAUGACUGUUAAUUAAGUCGAUGACUGUUGACACAUUAAUGACUAGUGACCUGAUUGAUGGCUGUUGAUUAGGUAGAUGACUGGUGACCAGGUUAAUGAUCGUGACGAGGUUGAUGACUGUAGAACAGGUAGAUGAAUACUGACCAGGUUGAGGAAUGUUGACCUUUUCAAUAACUGUUGACCAGGUCGAUGACCACUGGCCACUCCUUCCGUUUCAGAGGGGAUUUUUUCUUAAAACACACGGACUCCAACCACACACAACCCUGAUCCAAAACAAAGAUGUCUUCUGCAGGUUGUCCAUGGAAGACCUCCAGAUGUUCACCACUGUCUGAAAAUGUGAAGCUGUGAUUUAGGAAUAGUUAUGCAAUUAUUUUGUGUGUAAACUGAGACCCCCACCCCCCGUCCCUGAGGCUGCUCUGUCUGUCUGGAGCCAGACCGUAAAGCUGCAGUUCUAUGGUGUCGUGUCUUUGAAGCUGUCACUGUUAAUCAAUGAGACCUUCUGUUUGGGCUGAAAUAACAGGAACGAUCGAGCUGCAAUCCUGCAUGUCUCCUUGGAAACGAUGACCAGAAAUAAAGACUUUCAAAUCUCCUGCAGAGUUUUUUUUGUGAAAAAAGUUUCAAAAUAAACGUUUGAUGAAAAGAAAAAAAGGAAAACAGUCAUGGUGUUACAUGGGGCUUUGUUUAAUAGUCCAGUUGCGUUUUACAACGGAAAGUGUUUUCUUUCUUCGGUGCGUUUCCAUAGCCACGACCGGACUGUGCACCGAUUGAUCCCAGGAUGUUACAGAGGAGAUGAUUUAAGGAGAUCAGAGGAAAGUUGGAAAGUUAGAGGUUAGAAAGGGAAGAAAGGUGGAGUGUCUUUGGACCGAAAGAAGCCAAAACCAGUAAGAAGUUUACAACAAGGCUACAUGUUCAUUUCUUUAUAAAAUAAAAAAAAAA